CGUCCGUGCGAUCCGUUCGCAUCCGAAUCGGUUGUUGUCCGCAGUUUUCCGAUCGCAACACUCACUAAAGAGAAACGAAUUAGCAUUCAGUCCAUCACAUCCAUCGACCAGUUCCUGCAGGAAGGCCUUCAGCUCCGGUCCAAUACGUUUCAGUUAAUCCGCGUCGCCUUCGACGAAGAGGUCUCGUCCGACGAGAUCGAGAAUUUCCGCAAAUGUAUUAACAGAGAGCGAACGCCGCCCACUAUUUUCCACUUGUUUACAUUCACUUCCCAACUAAGUAUGGCUCAGACCAGACUCCUUCACCUCCAGAAGAAUAAGGAGAAGAACUCCACGUUCAAGGGGUUGGCGAAGAAGACACUCUUGAGAACCGCACAAAGGGCUGGAUUCAAACCAAAGAAUAACCGCAAAAACAAAUACAUUACCGACUCUUCCGGUUUCAUACCAGGAAUGGCCAAAACGAUGGGCUCUCCCAAGAAGAGUAUCAACUCGGAUAUGAAUGAAGACCACAAGUCUGUUGACAGCGAAUCGCUUUUAAGUAUUCACACGACGAGUACUCUUCAAAUGUCUUCGUCGUCGCAACACAUUGUGUUGAAUCACAUGAACGCCAAUAACGACAACAAAACACUCGAUAAAUUGCAAGAACUGUCUUAUGUUAAAGACUAUCAGAGACUAGGCUUGGGUUCGAUCGCCAGUUAUUACAGUUUGAACGCCUCGACAACAAAGCUCUCGCGAUCUAAUACAGUGAUCGAGAGCUUCCGCAUCUCUGCCGUGAACGCCAACUAUUCGGUCACAAAGAGCUAUCCGGGACUCAUAGUCGUGCCCUACAGUACCAGCGAUGAGGCCAUUCGACGCAUGAGUCGCUUCUAUAGACACUAUCGCUUCCCAGCCAUCACUUGGAAACAUCCGCGCACUAAAGCACUGCUACUCAGAGGCAGUUGUUUUCACGGCAAGGGUGUCAUCGGUCUUCUGAAGGGCCAGUCGUCCGGCGGCGCCGUUCACUCGUCCGAAACGUCGACAAACAUCGAGAACGAAAAGUUCAUAUCAGGGAUCGUAAGAGUGACGCCUUCUUGUUUCACAAGACAUCAAAACCGAAUACUAGAGAACGGAUCCACUCUUAGCGUCAACUCUAUUCUCAAUCCGCGCGAUAUAUCCAUAACGACACCGGAAAGCACUCGACGGGCCAUAAGUGGUGGCACUUCCGCCGCAUUCCAUCGGGCGAUGAAUACAUUGAGAAACUCUGGCGGAAAAUCAGCCAUUGGUUCCCAAAUGGGCAAACAAUUUCAGAAGUGGUCGAACACAAGCAUUAAAGAUAAGCAACGAAUGAGUUGUCCAACCGAUUCGCCCACUUCUUCGUCGUCUGAUUCUCAGCCAAACCUAAAUCGAGCGGUUCUUUACAUAUUCGGAGAGAAGAAUCAAAUCAAUAAAAUCAAAACCGAAUCAUUCAAUAAUUGCGAUUUCAUUCCCGUCGACUUCCAUGAGGUGCGGGCCGUGAAGACCAGCUUCAAGAAACUGAUGAGAGCGGCGCUGCCCUCCACUACACCCAACAAUACAGACCCCGAGCAGUCAUUUCUGCAUCAAUUUGAAAGCUCCGAAUGGUUAACACAAAUGCACACAAUUAUGCAAAUCAGUGGCGCAAUCGUCGAUCUGAUCGACAUUCAGGGCUCAUCUGUUAUGGUGUGUCUCGAAGAUGGCUGGGAUUUUGUGCCACAAAUCGUAUCAGUGGCCCAGUUAUGUCUCGACCCCUAUUAUCGCACAUUCGAUGGCUUUCGCACUCUUAUUGAGAAGGAAUGGCUCGCAUUUGGACACCGAUUCAGUCAUCGGUCCAAUCACACGGCGGCCACUCUAGCGUCUGGUUUUGCCCCCAUAUUCCUUCAAUUCCUCGAUAUUGUGCAUCAAAUUCACGAUCAGUUUCCACUCUCUUUUGAGUUCAAUCAAUAUUUUCUCAAAUUCUUGGCCUAUCAUUACGUUUCGUGUCGUUUCCGUACAUUUCUAUUGGACUGCGAGAGCGAGCGCUCAGACGUCGGUUGGAUUAACGAAGACAUUAAGUGCAGCCAAUCGUCAAAACACGACGAAUUGUCUUCCGAUGACGAAGAAGACACGUCACUCAGGAGUGGUACCAAUAAAUCAACGCUAACCGCAAACGGCGCUCAAAACUUCAAUUACAUCGGAACCUCUUUCUGGGAAUACGCGACCAAAAUAUGGUCCAAAUCGUCGCUAUUCUUCAACUUCUAUUACGUGCCGAUCAUAAGCCAAGAGGGGAUGAGUAGCGACGCCGCUGUCAUUCGACCCGCAUUUAGUGUCUCUUCGCUCAAAAUAUGGGACUAUUAUGUGAGCGAAGAGUUAUCUCACGGACCGAGUUAUGACAUAGAAGUGGUAGAUAUGGAACACCAGCGCCAGGAAGUGGUUGAGGCGACCACUAAUGACUCGGACAAAACCCGUCGCAAGAAUAUCAGCUCGUGUUACGACUCAGUCAUCCAUUCGGAGCCAAAUUGUUUCCAAAAUAUGUUGACUUCCAUCAGAGGUCUCGAAGAAGAACUCAAUUAUAUGCCGCAGAAGUGGUUCACCGUUUGGGACAAAAUCGAAAUCCCGUUGAGUACCGAUAUUCACGAGUCGAUUAGCAGUCGCUCUCUGACGUACAGCACUCACAAGCGGUCGACAAUAGAUCUGUUAAUUCGGGGCAAAAUGGCCGGAAUGGGUGCUAACAAUAGUGAUAACAGUAAUCAAAUCUAUAUGAAUCGAAACCAUAAGUUUGAAAAGUAUAACUACACGACUCUCACGCAAUGCGAUCACUGCCGACACGUGUUGUGGGGUAUCGUCAAGACUGGCCUCAAAUGCGUCGAUUGUGGCUUCAAUUGUCACGAGAAAUGCGCUGAAAUGGUGACCAAAAACUGUAAGCCAAAGAGAAAGAUGUCGGCCCCACAGGACUCGGGUAUGGCCUCAUCGACUGUCUCGCAGAGGAGUACCACUCAUGAGGUGCUCAACGAAGUGCCUGACGAACAGCGACACGAUUCUAACGAUGAGUCCCGUGACGGCACUCUUCAGCACUCCAACACAUUUUAUGGUAAUUUCUCGACACUGGUCUCAGAGAACCGCACUUACGAGGGAUAUCUCUAUAAGAAAGGGGCUCUACUUAAGGGCUGGAAAAUCCGGUGGUUUGUGUUGGACUCAACCAAACAUCAGCUGAGAUAUUACGACUCGGAGGACGACCCGCACUGUAAAGGCUUUAUCGAUUUGGGAGAAGUAUUGGCUGUUAAUUACAACACAACACAACAGAACUUUGAUAUGAAAUUAGUUCGUCGGACCUAUAAUUUUAUGGCACAGAACAGCCAUACGGGACAGGAAUGGGUGGAAAAAAUUCAGGCCUGUCUUCAGUGAACA